AUGCCGAGGAAGCGCAUGGCACCCCCGUCGGACGCUGCCAGCGAAGGAGCCGAACCUCCCCUGAAGGCACAACGAAUCAAGAAGGAUUCAGAGAAGGCGUUCAUCGCCGCUUCUCGCCGGGCCGACCGCUCCCUAAGUGACCGCAUAGGCUCCGCGUUGUUAGCGUCGGAAUGCCACAGGGAGCGGACGGGCAGGCGUCUCAAGGUCACCGAAGAGGCAGUGCGCGGGGACGUACCGUAUGAGAGCGAGGAGGACGAAGAGCCGGGCAACGGCAGGCUCGGCAGCGUUCCUCGCAAUCAAACGCUGUCCAGCCAAUAUAGCCUGGCAGCCCAGCGUUACGACGUGGUGAGCCAGGAUUUUAGGGAGGCCUUCUCAGGCCUUCCUCCGUUGGACCAGCUAACGGCACUCCGCCGACAGCAACUCAACCGGCCGUUCCUUAACCUUCAGGGGACCACUGCCACGUUGGAUAGAGCAAACUCCCUCCCGUCCCUUUCUCCUGUCGCCCCUGCGCUUCCGCGGUACCCAGCGCAGGACGCAGGGGACCUUGCUCAGGCCCCGGAUGCCUCCAUGAGUAGCCACCGAUUGCAGCACCUGCGGAGCUACUCGCUCCCCCAGCUGGUGCAUCCGGCCCAGGACCCGUCAGCCAACUUGUCGCUGGCGUUGUAUCAACCCAGCACGGGGUUAGCGGCCUACCAUCCUUUGCCGCUACCAUCCCCUUCCCCGGCCGGCGCAAUACCAUCCUUCCCCGGCCCCGGCACAAUCCCCUCCUUCCCCGGCGCCGGUACCCUACCAUCCGUCCCCGGCCCCGGCGCCCUACCAUCUUCCCCGGCCCCGGCGCCCUCCCGUCCCCCGCCACUCGCCUCUUCCAUGCCGGCAGGGGCGGAGCCCGAACCUUCGCCCUCUGCCGACCCGGUGACGGCGAUAGGGUUAGCGAGCUCGGGGACGGACCCGGACAUGUCGCCCUCCGACGACUCGUGGAUGGCGAUAUGGUCAGCGAGUCCGGGGACGGAGCCGGACGUGUCGCCCUUCGACACGCAGGUGCCGACAGGGACGGACAUCGCGGCGACGGAGCCUAUCGAGUCGAUGUUCGACUCGGCGAUGUUCGACUUGGCGAUGCCGGCGGGGAUGGACGCCAGAGGCGAGGAGCCCCCUCCCGAUCCUAAGUGGAAUGAAUUUCUCAUCUGGGACGACGGGGCCGUCGCGCGCGUCGCGCGCGACGGUAGCCAGACAUAGGGAAGGGAACUUUCUUUCCCUUCUUUUUCUUUCUUUCCUUUCUUUUCUUGCUUUUCUUUUUUUUCUUUUCUUUUUCUUUCAAUAGUUGGUUUGAUAUCGUCUUGUUCUUGACAGCAGUGCGACGUUCGGAAGAAGAAAAAUACAAGCAGUGAUCGUUUCCUUUUGUUUAGUCGUUGGUCCAUGGUCAUGGUGUUCUUAAACGGGAUCGAGGCGUUGGAAAGAGAAUGUACAAGUUUGGGUUUCUGGCGGAUGUCUUCUUUAGUGGUUUUGGGCAUACUCUUAGCAAGGAGUUGAUGGUUGAGCAUAGGAUACCCGGAAAUGUUGAAAAAAAAAAAGGAGAGUAACAGGUUCAGGUCAGUGUGAAGUGAAAUAUGUGCAAG